AUCAAAAGGAAGCCCUUUGAGAGCUAUUAACUGCUCAAUUGCGUUGCAAAGACAGUUCUUUUGCAAGAUCCGGAAAAAUUAAUUUGCACACUUCCAUUUGACCGUCCCUCCCAAAGAAGCCACGCACCCGCCCCACCAUCGAUAAGCCUCCUCACUCAGCUUCCGCACAUUGGCCUUCAAUUGACACCAAACACAGCUCGACCCCCUCCAGCAUUCAUCUUAAUACCUUCUUCUCUCAAUUCCCCCGAUUGAAAAGUCAAGAUGUCUCUCACCAGCCCCGUCACCGACGCAACCACGCCCCUCUUCAGCCCAACCCUUGUUUCUCCAGAAGUGCUCUCUGAGCUACCCGAAGGCUAUACAUGCCGCCCGCUACAACGCGCAGAUUAUCACAACGGGUUUUUGGAUGUGUUGAGAGUCCUCACAACUGUUGGCGACGUCACAGAAGCGGCGUGGAAUGAGCGCUACGAAUGGAUGUCGCACCGCAACGACGAAUACUUCCUCCUCUGCAUCCUCGACCCCUCGCGAAAGAUUGUGGGCUGCGGCGCGCUAAUCGUCGAGCGCAAAUUCAUUCACAAUCUGGGCUUAGUGGGGCACAUUGAGGAUAUCGCGGUCGCAAAAGACCAGCAGGGAAAGAAGUUGGGGUUGAGGAUUAUUCAGGCGUUGGAUUUUGUGGCCGAGAAAGUGGGGUGUUAUAAGAGUAUUCUGGAUUGCUCAGAGGCGAACGAGGGAUUCUAUGUUAAGUGCGGGUUCAAGAGGGCGGGGUUGGAGAUGGCGCAUUAUUAUGGACAGAACAAGCCAAAGGGUGGUUUGUAGGUGGACAAAAGCCUAGCCUGAAGCCUAGGGGGACUACUAUUGCAUCUUGGAGGCGUUCUGAGGGAUAUCUUCUUGCUGGGGGCAUAGAGAGUUAUUAGACCAUUACAGGUCUUGGAAAUCUAACUUGGAUUAUUCGUACAG